AUGGCCAGCUUGACAGCAAAACCAAGGUGGCAGGACGCCCGAGGAAGAUUCGUCACCGCCCGGCUGACGCUUGGGAGUGGAUCAGGCGCUGACUCUGAUGUCCUCGUAGAUGUACAGCUGAGGGAAGGCAAGAAUUGUAUUGAGUUGGGGCCCGCCUCAGACGGCAGACUGACCUGUCUCACUGCAACGGACGAACAGGGCGAUGGGAUUCCCAUGAAGAACAAGGCCGGCGGAAUGGUGCAGGCUUGGGUUUGGGAGCAGGAAGCGGAGCUGCUGGAUAGGGCUUUGUUCCAUACUGGUGAUACCACUGAGGAAGAGCAAGACCUGUACCGGGCGGACCCUGGCAAGGAGAAUUUGCCCUCCACUGCGAGAAUGCAAGACUUGUACCGGGUGGACCCUGGCCAGGAAAAUGAGCCGCCAUCCAAGGGCUUGUUCGAGGACGAUGACUGGACGCUUCAAUUGAAAGAGCACGAGGAGUUCAUGCAGCUCUCUGAUGACAGCCUAUGA